AUUGCUGUUUCUUCCUUUCUUCCGCAAAUAAUUGAGAAUAUAAUUGUUUCGGUUAAUCGUCCGAACCUCUAUUGUUGGCUAUACACAGAGCUAAACAUACUGGUGCUGGGUAUAUAUGAGAUAUUAGUAGCGAUAGUAUGAAGGAAGGCACCUGAAGAGCUCUUCCCCCUCUUUCUUUGUGUUCCCACUUCGCCCCACUAGUAGGUGAAUGCUGUUUUUUUAAUCCUCAUUACCGAUACCAGGCACUACCAUCUUCUCAAAUCCGCUACUACUCCGCGCUGCUUUCCUUUCUUUCUUCCCUGCCUUGUUACCAAGCUCUGGUAUACCAGUACCCACUCCUGAAGAUGAGAUUUCGUAUCCGUGGACCAGAUGGACAGUCCACUAUCACUCUUGAUGAUGGUGCUACCGUGGACGAACUUCGAACUCAGAUUGUGGAUAAGACUGGAUUGACAUCCUACGAUGUGAAAUAUGGAUACCCCAAUCUCAAACAUUUUCUGCUGGAUGAGCUUCAAUCAAACCAGAAGAUCUCCGAUAUAGGGUUCAAGCUAGAUGGGGAACAACUGCUGAUAACUAAGAGAGAAGCACCCCCCAGUAAUGAGGGGUUAAUACCCAUCUCGCAAGAGCCACCCAAAAAGCAUCAGACAUCACACACAUCUAGUGAUGCUAUCUCAGAUGAUCCACCCGAAAUUCCAUCUCUUGAGCAUGCGGGUACCUUUGUCUUACGCAUCAUGCCUGAUGACAAUUCGUGUCUGUUCCGCGCUGUGGGCAGUGCUCUCAUGGGGGGUAUGGACGCGAUGAAUGAGUUGAGGUCUGUUGUCGCACAAACUAUUCAACAAAAUCCGGGCCUCUACUCGGAGGCGGUGCUGGAGAAGAAGCCAGACGACUAUUGCCGCUGGAUACAGAACGAGGAUUCGUGGGGUGGAGGUAUCGAACUUAGCAUCCUCAGCAAGCAUUUCGAUAUCGAGAUUUGCUCAAUCGAUGUACAAACGCUCCGCAUUGAUCGAUUCAACGAAGGCCGACCAACUCGCUGUAUCUUAGUUUACUCAGGUAUACAUUAUGAUACCGUUGCGCUAUCUCCGUCCGAUCCUCCUUUCAUCCAUGCGUAUACACCUCCUGAGUUUGACACCAAGGUCUUUGACGCUGCAGAUCCUUUUGUUCUAGAAAAAGCGCUAGAGCUCUGUAAGGUACUGCAGAGUAAGCACUACUAUACUGAUACCGCAGGUUUCCGUAUUCGCUGCAAUACAUGUGGUGGGGUUUUCAUUGGAGAAAAAGGCGCCACUCAGCACGCAACGCGGACUGGCCAUUACAAUUUUGGGGAGGCCAGUUAAGAUUAACGGUAGCAGUAAGCGAGAUGAACACUCAAAUAGUACAUAGUGCCCGAAUAGAAUCAUGAGUGAUAUACACCACCAUCGGAAUACGACCGG